AUGUCAAAAAAAUCUCAUGAUCAAUCUUCACCAUCAGACUUAAAUCAACAUCGAACACAACAAUCUUCACUUCUCGCACAAUUUACAAAUGCAACAGCUCCCGGUUAUCAGCCACAACCUCAAGCAACAACAUCAACACAUUCAUCGGCAUCAGGUUUUAAUCAAAAUAACACAUCUUAUAAUACUAAUUCUACAAAAUCAAACUCUACAGCUUCUGCUAGUCAAACAGCAAAAAAUGUUUCAAAUACAUUUCUACCAUUGCCAUCACAAACAAUUAAUUUAGCUACAUUUAAAGGUUUCAAAUUCGUUACACUUGAUGGUUUACUGAUAGAGACACGUGAUAUUUAUGAUAAAAUUAGUGAUACAUACCAAUGGGAAAUGUGUCAAGAUCAAGAAGAUCGAUGUAUAGCUUAUAUUCGUGAUCAAUGUGUUAAUAAACGAACAUUUCUUAUUACGUCUGGUGGAUUGGGAAAAAAUAUUGUACCUAAAAUUCAUGAAUUACCACAACUUUAUGCUGUUUAUAUUUAUUGUGCGGAUGUUGUGUAUCAUCAAGAAUGGGCAUGUAAAUUUUCAAAAGUACGUGUUGUUUGUAAUAAUGACGAUAAAUAUUUAUUACCUCAAUUUGCUGUUGAUGUGGCACAAGCUACUAUUGAUUGGGGAGAUGCACUUGUCAAAGAUGGUAAACGUGAUGCAG